UGCUGGCAGCAGUGCGCAAAACUUAUGUGUGUAUGUACAACAGACAACUUGAUAAUAGUGUACUAUGAACUGUGAACUGUGAAAUACGAAUUGUGUCGCUUAUCAAGUGCUUCAAAGUUUCUUAAACGUAAUUUACAUUAACAAAAUACCAAAAUGCCAAUAGCUGAUAAAAGGAAGGGUGAUGAUAUUCUCUCACUUGUGCCGGCAUCUAAAAAAACGAGAAAUGAAGUGGUUUUCAGCAGCCGAGAAAAAGCUGUCGUUCAAAGUGGUCCGCCAAGAACAUCGUCUUUGAAUUCACCCACUAUGCUAUUGGAAGGUCAUCAAGGAGAUAUAUUUUCUGUUGAAUUUCAUCCAGAAGGUCAAUACCUUGCAUCAAGUGGUUUUGACAGACAAAUAUUCUUGUGGAAUGUAUAUGGAGAAUGUGAAAAUCUGUCAGUUUUAACGGGCCACAGUGGCGCUAUUUUAGAAAUGCAUUUUAGUACAGAUGGAAACACAUUAUUUACAGCAAGUACAGAUACAACUUUGGGUAUUUGGGAUAUAAUGGCAGGAACAAGAAUAAAAAAAUUGAAAGGUCAUACAUCAUUUGUUAACUCUGUUUGUGGAACAAGACGAGGAGUCACUCAACUUUGUUCUGGAGGUGAUGACUCUACUAUCAGAAUCUGGGAUCCCAGAAAGAAAACUCAUUGUAGUCUUUUGAACAAUACAUAUCAGGUAACAGCUGUUGCAUUUAAUGACACUGCUGAACAAGUAAUCAGUGGCGGUAUUGAUAAUGAACUUAAAGUAUGGGAUUUAAGAAAGAAUGAAAUUCUGUACAAAAUGAAAGGACACACCGAUACAGUAACAGGAUUAGCUUUGAGUCCAGAUGGCUCUUAUAUUCUUUCUAAUGCAAUGGACAACUCAUUGAGAAUUUGGGAUAUCCGACCAUUUGCACCUUUUGAAAGAUGCACAAAAGUUUUCUCAGGUCAUCAGCAUAAUUUUGAGAAAAAUUUACUAAGAUGUGCUUGGUCAACUGAUGGAAGUAGAGUAUCUUGUGGAUCAUCAGACAGAUUUCAUUACAUUUGGGAUACAAAUAGUCGAAGGAUUCUUUACAAACUACCUGGACAUAAUGGAUCUAUUAAUGACGUUGAUUUUCAUCCAAAAGAGCCAAUUAUAUGUUCUGGUUCAAGUGAUAAGCAAAUUUAUAUUGGUGAAAUUGAAGAUCAAUGAUUUGCUUCCAAUAUAGUUCUAGAUAUCAAUGGUAAAUAUAAUUGUAAAAUAGCUCAUUAAAUUAUGUAUAAUUCCGACCCAAUUUGUAUAACGCAAAUUAUAUGAAAGGAAUAAAUUCCUACAUUCGAGAC